AUGAGAAGAAAUUAUAUUAUUAACAAAGCAUAGACGCAAAUAAGAUACAGAUAGUACCAUGAGCAGAAAAUGUGGUUGAAUAAUACAGGGGAUUACACUAAUCCUUUUGCUAAGCCUGAAGAGGUCAAUUUAAAUGAUACAAGUAGUACUUAUUAUACAAAUAAGCGUAGCAUCUCGAACAAACCAUUUAAUAGCUCAACAAGAUCUAAUUCACAUAAUUAAAAAAGGACUGAGCAUAAAUUGCAUCAUAGCCCAGAUGUAGCUAAUUUUUACCCAUAAAAUUUCUCUGCAUAGAAAAGAUUGUAUGCUCAAGGCAUUUAGUAAAAUUAGUAAAUGCAAUCUGAUGGAGAAUAUCUUUAGUACUAUGUACUUGAAAAGUAAGACGAUGACUGCAAUUAAAACUAUGGCUCUGACUAAAUUACUAUGGAAUCCUUCUAAACACCACAAAAAACUAAAGAACCUAACUAUUAAUACUACCCUGACAGCUAUUAAAAAUCAAUUUCUCCACCUAAACAUUCUCAAUACGAGAAAGUAUACUAAGAAAAUUUCUCAAAAUAGCCAAUAAAUUAAACAAGCGGUAUGUACUAAGAAUAGUACGAACAAUAAAAUUCUAAAUAGCAUUAUUUAGAGCCUGCUUAAGAAGUUCCUACAAUUUAGGAAGAGUCUAAUGAGUUUGUUGAUUAAAAUAAGAUCAAUGAAGCCUAUUUUUCGAUUAAUGAAAGUCAUAUUCAUUACUCUGAUUAAGAGACUUAAUAAAAUGAAGGAUCACCUAAAUAUUAGAGAAGAAAGUUUGUCUAAUCAAAGCUGGCUUAAGCUCGUAAAAGAGCCAUAUCAGAAGAUAGAAAUUUUAUAGAUAAUUCUUAUAAGUAUACUACAAGCAAUAAUUCCUCUUUAAAUAACUCUUCUUGGAUAUUUUACAAUAAUAAAGCUAGAUAAAUAAAAUAAGCUAACGCAGAGUAAGCAAUAUUUGGCGAAACCAUAAAAUCUAGAGAUAAUUUUAAUACAUCAUUUAAUCCUUUAGAAAAUCAGACCAAUGACCAAAACUAAAAAUACAAUCCAAACCUUCUUAGAUAGUAUUUUUAGAAAAACAAGCAAUUCUAAUAAAUGCUAUAUGAUGUUAAGCUCCAAGGAAGUAGGUACUAUUAAACACAAGUAUCACAAAAACCUAGACACAAAAUUAAUUUUGAUUCAUAAAAUAAAAAUUAGAUUAAAUAUUUAAAUUAACUAAGUCUACCUAAACAUGUAAAUGAAAUAAACCAACAAAAAUAAUUUUAUUAUAGAAAAUGUGAGUGUGGAGCAUAAGAUCAAAUUGAAUCUAUUCGAAAUCUAUAUAAAAAAGAAGGCAGAUGCAGUAAUUCCUUUUAUUAAAACUCUACAAUAAAUUUUGGCUCAAAUUGA